GGUACCAUAAUCAGUAGGAGCAGCAAGUGCCAACUUAUUUCGGUCACCCUCAAACACUCACAAAAGGGCACCAGGACCAUAGGCAUCUCACGCAUUUUUGCUUUAAUUUGCCAUCGUGGAAAGCCUUCUCUACUGUGACAUUACAUGUGCCCGGGUAUGCAAUCCAUCAUUCACCACCAACAUGCUCCCUAUCUUCGUCUAUCUUUUCACUCAAUUCACAGCACGGCAUGUGACUGUCACUUGAAAGUUGGAAAAAAAAAGAGAGCCAACCGCCCCCACAAAUCCCCAUCUUUCGCCUGGUGGUGGAUGCCUGAAUCAAUGAUUUCCCUUCACGCCCUCUUUCCUCCCCUGCUGCAGCUUUCCACUGUCUUGCCUCUUCCUCUUCCCUAACACCAAGGCUCAGAACCCGAUAAAAGCUAAAGAACCUCCACUCUCUUUUCUUUCUUACCCCUUCGCCUUUCAUCUUUCACACUACCGAACACUGGGAACAAAGAUGCGAAUGGAACGGUAUCACUCAUCCUUCCCGAAGAUACCAAUUGGUGGUUGAGAGCAAUCAGUCACCGUCCAUCCAUGAUCGUGUGGCAAUAGGCAGCAAUAAAUUACUGUACGAUGUGACCUAAAAGUCCUACAGGCAGCGCCACGCGGUGCUGUCGCCGGCUUAGGAUUCUUGUCCGGAUCCCGCCACAUCAUCGUCCGAUCCCCGCUUUUCUUUUAUUUCUCUUUAGCCGAAGCGACAAAAAGACGAACCCGUGGAGCAAACGACGGUGAUCAAAGUCCCACGGGGACCACCGUGGUCCGGACAUUCAUGGCCGUCCGCCUGCGAUGGUCCACAACGGGGACCAUCAGCACACCCACCACGGACCCUCGGAUGCCCUCAAAGCGGUUCUUCUGUAAUUAACGUCAGUUGCAAGCCUCUCCACAUCACAAGAUAAACUCUCUGGAUGACAUUGCGAGCCCAAAAUCUCCUACAUGUCCGUUUGCGUGACAUCGACAAUGGUACACCCGUAAUUGUAUCCAAAUACGUGUGCUAUUUGCCGGCUUUCAGUCGAGUAAGAUUCUUCGAAGCUCGGCUCUCCCUCUCUUCUCAUCUUUUAUGCCUCAGCGACGGCACUGGCGAAUAGAAACGAGGAGAGAAUAAAGAGAGAGGAGAGAGGGGGAGAGAGAGGAACGGGAAACAGGGAAAUGAUGCAGACGUCGUCAUCUCGCCGUGAAACCAGAUCGGAAAACCGCCACGGUCUCAAGAAGAACGUUGGAUGCAUGUCUGGUAUAUUCCAUCUCCUCUCCCGCCACCACCACAACCGCUCACGCAAACGCUUGCCGUCAGCUCGAAAGAAGGAGGAAACCGUUAUAUCAUUGCCGUUACCGGAGAAACGACCACCUACGGUGCCGCAAGCAAAUGAAGGAAAGAAGAGGGAGACGAGCCGUGCCAUCACGCCGGAGAAGGCCGUUGUCGUCCCGGAGCUCCGGCGGCACUCGUGCGAGGUGCCGAGAAGUCCAACACUGCCGCCGGAGAUCCGGCGGUCGAUAUCCACUGCAUCUCCUGACAGCCCGCGGCGGCCGCCGGCACUGGUUGCGAGGCUGAUGGGACUGGAGGAUGUCCCGGUGAGCUCGCCGGAGUCGGCCGCCGAAAAACGGAGGAAGCUCCUCGGCGCGCUGGAGAAGUGCGACGAAGAUUUAAAGGCGUUGAAGCGGAUCAUCGAGGCCGUCCGAUUUGCAGAGGUGCGGGUAAAGGCAGUGGCAGCCGUUGGAUCGGUGGAACAGAUCACAGUCGGCGCGGUGAAAGGUCUGGCAGGGCUGCAAGAUUUGGACAGCGGAGAUUCCAGGAUAGAGGAGGAGGCGAAAUGCUCCGAGAUUAACGGCGAGCAGCCCAGCCCCGUUUCGGUUCUCGACGCGAUAUCGUCUCCUCGGUAUCGGUCGAAGAGACCCGAUAAUGAAAAACAAUGUGGCUCCACAAUUGCAGCUGUUGGAUCAAAGAUCGUGAAGCCUUUGCGUACGAGCGUCUUCUCUUUAGGAGAUGGUCGACAAUACAAGAAGCUGAGGGUUAGUGACGAGAGCUGUUCCUUCUUCCAUCGAAUUGCUACCGAAGGGCUGCCGCGGUUAUCCGAGUGGAAGGACGGCAAGGUUGUGGAGGAUUCUGGAGUGGCGAGAAGGAGACUGGAGGGUGGCCAGCGGCGGUGGUGGCAGAGGAGAACCCAGGCAAUGGUGGAUAGUGUGGGUGAGGUGUGGGAGGAUGGUGUGUGGGAGGAGAGGUGGGAGCUGGGGAGAGUUGGCGUGGGGUUAGAGGGCUACAUCUUUGGCGAUUUGGUAGAGGAGGUUGUGAUGGACCUGUUGGGUUGUUGUUUUAACCUCUCACUGCCAUUUGGGACAUGUAAGAAGAGGCUUUGCUUCUAGUUAGAUACUUCUAAAAGACCUUGUGAUCAUUGUGGUCUUAGGAUCGGUGACAUUAAAUGUUGGCUAAAGAAGCCCUGUGUAUGGAUGGUUGCUUUACGAAAUAUUAAAAUGAUAACGAGCCGAGUGGUUACGGAGAGCAUUCUGCACAUAUAACCACUAAUUUAGUCGGGGAAUCUUUUUCGAUAUA